CGGGAAGAGACAAGCAACACGAACACGAACGGACCCGACGACAGCCAAGCCCAAGCGCUGUCGCAGCGCAAAACCGACGCCAACGACAAGAUGACGUCCCCAUACACCCACGGCUACACCGGCCAGUAUGGCGCCAACGAACAACCGUAUGAAGCCGGUUCCCGCCGCCGAAAACUCGCCGCCAUGGCCGGUAGCGUCUACCGCGCCGGCGUAGCGGCCGCUUCCGAGAUCCGCGAGCAAUACAGCCAAACUCGCCUGACGCGCGACAUGGGCGAUGGAUCGCCAGAACAGGUGCACAUCCCGGGUGCGUUCCCGCAGGUACCUAUCAUUCACAAGGGACAGGAGCAGUUGAUUUUGUUUCCUUCGUACGCAAAGCGGCAUGUCAAGGGUAUUCACCUGCCUAGGCGGCCUUCGGACUUGGGCGGGAAUGCGUACGGCACACCGAACGGAGGCGGGAACGGUAUUGGCCCUGGAGUGGAUGAGCGGGAUUACUGGACGGCGGAGUGGAACAGGCAUGAGGAUGAGAAAGCCGUGGUGGAUGUGGACAUUCGAGGCUGGAUAUAUAUGCCACCUAAAGGCCCGAUGUCGAGGAAGAAUCGCAUGGUGCUGGGGGUUGCGAGAAGGCUGAGCGGGUUACCACAGACUGCAGCGCUGCAGGCAGGUGCAGGGUCGCAACAGGGAGGAGGUGAUUUGCGGAGGACGGUGACUGAUCUGGAAGGGCUUGGGGAAGAGGAAAGGAUCGCGAAGGAGGCGAGGGAGAUUGAACGGAGAGGACAGGGCGAGAAGGAAGCGGCUAUCAGGGGUGAGUACAGUGAGCGGCCUAGGGCUGAUGAUGUGGAUGAUGGGUUUGGCGCAAUGAGGCAACGACGCUCGCCAUCGCCGCCGAGUUCGACAGCGCCGGUGAGGACGAACUCCGGCUUGGGGGCAUUUCCCUCGGAGAUGACGGAGGCGGAAUUGGCGGCUGCGAACGCGAAUCUGAAUGCGCGGUUGGCGCCGUUCAUGGCUACGCCGCUGGUCGGGUUGCCCAUCACGCUCUUCUUCUACAACGAUCAGCGGUCCAAGUCCAAGACGAUUGAGACGAAUGCGUCAGGUCACUUUAUCGCUCGCGUACCGUUGGACUUUGUCCCGACACACUUCCGAGUGCUUGCCAACGAGAACAUCUCAACCACCCAGCCUGUCGAGGUUAUCGAGCCAAGGGGAGUCAGUUUGAUCAGCGAUGUCGACGACACCAUUAAGCGGUCGAAUAUCAAUGGUGGUGCCAGGGAGAUUUUCAGGAAUACCUUCGUCCGUGAAUUGGCGGAUCAGACUAUUGACGGUGUCAAGGAGCUGUAUACUUCUCUGCACAAUAUGGGAGUGAAGCUGCAUUAUGUUUCCAACAGUCCGUGGCAACUGUACCCCGUCUUGGCUACUUUCUUCCACAAGGCUGGGCUACCUCCUGGCUCGAUAGACCUGAAGCAGUACAGCGGUAUGCUGCAGGGUAUCUUUGAGCCAGUUGCCGAAAGAAAGAAGGGCACUCUGGAGAGGAUAUUACGCGACUUUCCUGAAAGGAAGUUUCUCCUUGUGGGCGACAGCGGAGAGGCUGACCUGGAGGUCUACACCGACCUGGCGCUGGCUUAUCCCGGUAGGAUAUUGGCCGUGUUCAUCAGAGAUGUCACCACACCCGAGCAGGUGGACAUGGGGUAUUUCACUUCGAACACACAGGCUACGGACAGGAACAAUGGACUUGAGAGAAGCGACAGCGGCAGGAGGAGAGCACAGACUAUGCGGGCUGCUACGGCCACGAACACUAGAGACGUGGCGCCGCCGCCGCCGAAACUUCCGCCACGGUCGUCUCCUCAGCCCAAGGGGCCCAUCAUGGGUGAUCUAAUUGAUCUAUCGGAUGACCCCCCUCAACAGCCUGUACAUGACCCUCGAACCAGCAGUCUCAACGCCAUGCAUGCCAGUAGAUCAACAGGUGACAUCCCGCAAAGGAAAGGCCCACCACCGCGUCCCGCCAAACCCACAGCACUGCGCAGCUCGCCAGCAGAGAUCAAUACCGGCGGUGCUCCUCCCCCUCUGCCACCAAAGCCCCGCGAAUCUCCCCGUCCAAACACUUCGCAUCAGAACUCCUCCGCGUCAGCGUCCGGAUCAGGAUCAGGAUCCAGAGGUCCCGCUCCUCCCCCUCCACCACCCCGCCGCACCAGCACCGUCAACCUUUCCCAAUCCCAGUCACGACAAUCCCAACAACCACCCCUCCCCCCACCUCGCCGCGUCCAGACCACCAACUCCUCCUCCUACGAUUCCGACACUGACGAAUGGGGUCUUCCCCUUCCCCUCGAGAGUCGCACUUUAGGAAGUGGCAAUGGUGGUCGCUCCAACACCUUCCUCCCCGUCCGCCCCGCUACGUCUUACGACACCAUGAACGGGGUCAACGGCGCGUCUGUGUAUGCCACUAGUAACUCUGCUUCAGGAGGAGGCGCGAACUCGCCGGUGAACAAAAAGUUGGAGAUUUGGCUGAGACGAUUGGCAGAGGCACAUGAGCUGUUGGAAAAGCAGGGGGUCAUAGUGUGAUGGCUGUGUUGGUAGCUGUGGAGAUAGUAUAGAGGUGGAGGAGGUUAUCUGGGAUGCGGAUUUGUAUGUUUACGGGGAUGGGGAACGGAGUGAUAGGGGUGGGAAGUGGUAUAGUUUGAGGUCUUAUAAGUAUACCCAUCGCGAUAGUAAGGACAGGAGGAGGGCAAGGUGGUCUACGGGUAUUGUGGGCAAUAUUCUGGGACGUUGAGGGCAGGGCACAGAGGGAUAUGGGUGAAGCAUCGAAGAGAUUGGUAUAUUGAUAAUAUACAGACACACCUUUUAUUCUUAAAAG